GUAACUUCAGUUCAUCCCCUAUAUCAAGAAAAGUUGGUUGUGGAUAUUUUGCUGGAAAUUUCUACAGAGCAGCUAGCCCAGGUGGUUCUACCGUACAGUAUGUUUCGUUCAUUCAGGACAGGUCUCCAGCGUCUUGGAAGCUUAGAAUUAGAGUCCUACUAUGGCAGUAAUUCUUCAGUAAGGGGGCUAGCCACCAGGGCCCCCACCAUUCCGGGGCUGGCGAUCAACGACAACAUGAUGCUCCAGAAAUCUCCUGUUCCUGUUGUCGGGGCGUCUGCUGAGACUUCCCGACCCCUCGUCCUUUUGCUUAGCUGGCUGGUUGCGAAGGAACGACACGUAAACAACUUCUCACGUAUCUACUUGGAUCGAGGAUGUGACGUGUUAGUCGUUAAAAUGAAACCUAUGCAGAUCCUUCUACCGCAGUCAGGCUCCCAGGUUGUGGCUCAACGUGUUGUAGAUUUUCUACAGCUAGAGGACAAUCGUGAACGCCCCAUCUUUGUCCACUCCUUCAGCGUAGGCGGCUACCUCUACGCCGAGAUCCUACAGAAGAUGAUCGCCGCGGAGAAAACCAAGGGGGAACUGACCGGUCGCGUGAUCGGUCAGAUCUACGACAGUGUCGUCGACCUGGACAAGGUAGCAUUCGGCAUCGCCAACGCACUCUUCUCCCAAAAGAUGUUACAGAAGAGCGUUGAAAGGAGCAUCGAUGCGUACCUGGCUAUGAUGUACCGACCGGCGACGCAGCACUACACUCGAGCGUCCCGGCUCUUCUACCACAACCCCGUGAAAGCGCCCUCUCUGUUCUUCUAUUCGUACGCCGACCCUGUAGGCAGCGCCACGGCGAUAGAGAACUGUGUCAAGAACCUGCGUACCAAGAUGGGUCAUGACAAAAUCUACACCAAGUCGUUCCAGAAGUCACGUCACGUCAGCCAUAUGCAUAAGCACAAGGAGGAGUAUUUUUGCUCUCUGUAUAGUUUCUUUAGAGAAGUCCCGUACUUUGCAGACAAAGUAGAUCUCGAUGUAAGUGAGCAAAUUGAGACGAAAGCCAUCAAAUCAUAAUGCUACAAAUGUGCUUUCCAUGUGGCAGGGUAUCUAUCCAAAAGCAAGUCUGUAUGUUUAAUGCUCAUAUUUUAUUCCUCUUUUCAUGUAACUUUAAACCCACGUACAGCCCUAGGCUAUUCUAUGCGAGUGUGUAUGCAUCCGUUAACUAGUCUACUCAACAAGAUAUUUUAUUGUUCACUGAGAAUGGGAGCUCACUUUUUUAGUACAUCAAGAGCAAAAUAUAUUUUUUAAUUGGUAAACUUCAAGACAGGCAUUUUUGUUUUAUUACUUCUCCCAUGAUGCGUUAAAAAACAAAACAAUUAAACGUCAUCAUUUCAAAGGUCAUUUUUUGUGUCAUUGUCGCCAUUCAUGUAAAAGUUGUCAUUUUCAUCUAUUUUAGUAAAUGUAUAUUUGGAAUUUAUUGAGGGUUCACAUUGUUUUCAUUCUUUCCUGCAAUGGCCUUGUUAUAGAAAUCUGUGAUUUAAAGCAGUAUUAUGUUUAGUGUUUUUAUUUUGAUACAUGUCAUAAUGUGUACCGGUACAGUGUAUGCACUUUGUUUUUUUCUCCGUAUGUAUCAUGGGCAUUAUAUGUGAGUAUUAUGAGCUUUUUAUGACGUAAUUAUUUCCAUGCUGAAUUUGACCUGCCUUUAAUAUUAUCAAACAUUCCCUUUGAGUAAUCUCAAAAAAUAAAGUUAACAGCUGAAUUCUUCAUACCUCUUUUAAAUUAUUUUUUUAUUUCUUUUUUGAGAGUUUUUUUCGUAACUCAACUUUUUUCCUGUAAUAAGUUGAGUACUGUAAUCAAA